AUGCUUUUAAAUAAAGAAAAACAAUUAUUAAUCGAUGAUUUUAUUAACAUAGAAAGAAUUGGAGAAGGUGCAUAUGGUGUUGUAUAUAAAUCAAGACAUAAAUUUAGUGGAACUAUUGUUGCACUUAAAAAAAUUCGAAUUGGAGAGGAUGAGGAAGGAAUCCCACAAACAACAGUAAGAGAAAUAGCAAUACUUCGAGAAUUAAAACAUCCUAAUAUUGUUUCACUUGAAGCAGUAAUCAUUCAACCUAAUAAAAUAUAUCUUGUAUUUGAAUUUUUAUCAAUGGAUUUAAAAAAAUAUAUGGAUAGAAAUACAAAUGGUAGAGUAUUAGAACCAAAAAUUGUUGAAAAUUUUAUGUAUCAAAUUUGUCUAGCUAUGUGUUUUUGUCAUCAAAGAAGAAUAUUACAUCGUGAUUUAAAACCACAAAAUAUAUUAGUUGACAAUUCAGGUUGUAUAAAACUGGCUGAUUUUGGAUUAUCUAGAACUACGGGAAUUCCACUUCGUGCAUAUACUCAUGAGAUUGUAACAUUAUGGUACCGUUCACCAGAAAUUAUGCUUGGAUCAGAAAAAUAUUCAACAGCAGUAGAUGUUUGGUCUAUUGCAUGUAUAUUUGCAGAAAUGGCCUCUAAUGUUGUUCUUUUUAGUGGAGAUUCUGAAAUUGACCAAUUAUAUAAAAUAUUUAAACAAUUAGGUACACCAACACCAUCAAUUUGGCCUCAGAUUGAAUCACUUCAAAAUUAUAAUCCAAACUUUCCAAAAUGGAAAAAAAAAAGUUUUGGAGGAAAACUUGAAUAUUAUUUAAAUCGUGAUGGUAUAGAUUUACUAGAAAAAAUGCUUAUAUAUGAUCCUAUAAAACGUAUUAAUCUAAAAUAUGUACUAAUACAUAAAUAUUUUACAAAACGAGGAAAUUUCAAAUUUCCUAUACGUUAA